AUGGGCGACACCUCAGGCUGCAGCGACGCUGAAGGAUGCCACACGCAUUGUUACGAACUCGCACCGGGUUCGGGAGAGGUGGAGGCUGGGGUGUAUGUUGUUAUGGACCAAUGGGUAGAUCGGUCGCUUGUGUUGGCAACAACCUCAAUUUUACUCACCCGACCCAGCUAUGAUUUUUCUUUCGAGGUAGUAGCCUGCGCGGCCGAAGUUUUCCGGAAUGGUAAAACGCUCGGAACCCCUGCAUGGGUGCUCCACGUCCAGUCUACGGGCAUCCUUUCCCGACCACCGGACCAACUCUUGCAUCACCCCGUGCCGAAAAAGCCCAUAGAGAACUUCUCCCCGCAUGAAAUUACGGUAACGAACUAUACAGGUUAA